AUGGCACCCACCGUCCACAUCAUCGACCCGGAUCCGGAUACAGUCAUUGUGCUCGAGAAUCCGUGCAAGGUAUUUGCGUCUUGGGAACUGGAGGAGGAACGACGGAAUCCAACCUUGUCUGAAGUGCCAGUACCGCCAGAUGACGUAGAUCAUCCACAGCCUCCUUCCCCUUCACCUCGUCAAGAACCUGCACUCGUCGAGAUACCUGCAGAUAGCAGCAUGUAUACCUUGGAUGAAGGCUCCACCGCGCUUGCAGAGCCGUCUUCUGGUGUGCAGUAUACGCCGUCACCGAUCUUACCGGAAGAGCCUGAAGAGGAGUCAAUCCAUUACCAUGUGUCAUCACGCCACCUGAUACUUGCGUCGGCCACAUUCAAGCGAAUGUUAGCACAGGACGGGUUCGCCGAGUCUGUUCGCAACGAAGCCGAUGGCCUUUACCACAUAACCGCUCACGAUUGGGAUGCCGAAGCCUUUCUUGUUGUUUUGCGAAUCGUUCAUGGUCGCAAUAAGCUGAUUCCACGAAAGCAGUCAUUGGAAAUGCUCGCCAAAAUUGCUGUGCUUGAGGACUACUACAACUUCGGGGAGACUCUCGAGACGUUUACUGAGAUGUGGAUCCAGGAGCUUACAAAGACACCUAUACCUAUACAUCAAAUGCACGGUAGAGAUCUGGUAUUGUGGAUCUGGGUUGCAUGGGUGUUUGAUAUGGAACAGCAAUUCAGGAACACCACGGCCACAUCCAUUAGGCAGAUAACUGAAUCCUUCCCGACGUUGGAUCUCCCUAUUCCUGCCAGAGUAUCAGUGGCGGAACAGGGGUCCAAUGUCCGAUGUCAGAAGUCGGGAGUGACAUGUCGACGAUCAUUCGAGCUGCAAACCUCCCUGAACUUCGACAAUGCCACGAUGAGCGAAAGCCAGAAGCUCCUGCAUGAGCAUCCUUCCGACAGCGACUCAGAACCCGAACACGAGCGCAAACCAAGUCCGCGACACCUGUCUCCAUCGCCCUCGUCAUCGCGAACCACCUCCGCGUCUCCAGCACCACCCGGGUCACGCCCAAAUGGCAACAUUAAGCGGCAGUCGUCGUUCGCACAAGCCCGGCCCGAUGGCGCACCGAGAACGCCCAAUCGGGUGCGCUUCGAGGAACCCAGGAGGAGCAUGAAUGGGGAUAACGGCGGCGGCGACUGGCUCGAGCUGGAUGGAGACGACUACUUGGAUGGCAGCGAUGGGCGAGAAAGAACGCAGCGACUUCCUCUGCUUACUGGAAUCGAGGCGCCAAGCGUCACAGUUGCCGAAGAAUCCUUCAAUCCGGAAGACCAUCUCGAGAAUGCGCGACCACGGAGCGGGAUGCGGAGCGCGUUCAUGAACAUGGCAAACAGUAUAAUAGGAGCUGGUAUCAUCGGCCAACCGUACGCUGUUCGCAACGCCGGCCUCGUAACAGGCACCGCCCUCCUCAUCGGCCUUACCAUCGUGGUAGACUGGACCAUACGACUCAUCGUCAUAAAUUCCAAGCUCAGCGGCACCGAUUCGUUUCAAGCCACGGUGCAACACUGCUUCGGCAAAUCAGGGUUGAUAGCGAUAUCCCUCGCGCAAUGGCUCUUACGGGCUAUCAUGGUCUUGCUCAUUCUUGGCAUAUCCUUUCCACUAUCGCUCUAUCGGGAUAUAUCCAAGCUGGCCAAAGCAAGUGGUCUAGCACUGGUCAGCAUGACCAUCAUCAUAGUGACCGUAGUCACGCAAGCCUUCCGUGUACCCGCCGAAUUGAAGGGCCAGCUUCGUGGCAACCUCAUCAUCCGCCCCGGCAUCUUCGAAGCAAUUGGCGUAAUCGCUUUCGCCUUCGUCUGCCACCACAACAGCCUCCUCAUCUACGGCUCCCUCCGCAAACCUACGAUCGAUCGAUUUACACGCGUUACACACUACAGCACCAGUAUAUCUUUGGUAGCAUGUCUUGUCAUGGCUCUAACAGGCUACUUGACCUUCGGAGACAAGACACUCGGCAACGUGCUGAAUAACUUUCCGAAUGAUAACCUCAUGGUCAAUAUUGCGCGACUGUGUUUCGGCCUCAACAUGCUUACUACGCUUCCGCUCGAAGCCUUUGUAUGUCGAGAAGUCAUGACCAACUAUUGGUUUCCAGACGAGCCGUACCAUCCGAACCGCCAUCUCAUCUUCACGACCUCGCUCGUCGUCUCCGCCCUCACACUCUCCCUCCUUACCUGCGAUCUCGGUAUAGUGUUCGAGUUGUUCGGCGCAACAUCUGCAUGCGCAUUAGCCUUCAUCCUGCCUCCUCUUUGCUACAUGAAGCUGAGCCAAAGAAGCUGGAAGACGUACUUGGCUGGGGCUGUUGCGGCAUUUGGAGGUAUCGUUAUGGUCAUCAGCAUCAUUAAGACGACGAGCAAAACGAUGAUGGGUAACAGUGAAGGGGCCAAAUGUAGUUGA